AUGGUAGCAUGUGCUUAUCAUACCCAGCUAACUUUGAUUUUGUUUACAGACUCAGGAGAAGGUCUGGGGAAAAUAAUCCAGAGAUUUCCGCAGAAGGACUGGGAUGAUACACCUUUUCCACAGGGAAUUGAAUUGAUUCUUUGGGAUUUUCUAUGUAGAAAGUCAUAUCACCCACAGUUUUGUCAGCCUGGUGGAUGGCAGCUAUCCAGAGAGAGGAAACAGCCAACGUUCUUUGUGGUGGUCCUAACAGACAUUGACUCAGAUCGACAUUACUGCUCAUGCCUAACCUUCUAUGAGGCAGAGAUCAAUCUCCAGGGAACAAAGAAGGAAGAGAUUGAAGGUGAAGAGGAAGUAGCUGGUUUAAUUCAGCCUGCAGAAGUAUUUGCUCCCAAAAGCCUGGUGUUGGUAUCCAGAUUAGAUUAUCCAGAAAUUUUUAGGGCUUGCCUGGGUUUGAUCUAUACUGUAUAUGUGGAUAGUUUGAAUGUCUCCUUGGAAAGUCUCAUUGCAAACCUUUGUGCCUGCCUUGUUCCAGCAGCUGGAGGGUCUCAGAAGCUGUUUUCCUUGGGUGCAGGAGAUAGACAGCUGAUUCAGACUCCUUUACAUGAUAGUCUUCCUGUCACAGGCACUAGUGUGGCUCUUCUGUUCCAGCAGUUAGGAAUUCAAAAUGUCCUCAGCCUCUUUUGUGCAGUCCUUACAGAAAAUAAGGUUCUCUUCCAUUCUGCAAGUUUCCAGAGACUUAGUGAUGCCUGUAGAGCCCUGGAAUCAUUAAUGUUUCCUCUUAAAUAUAGUUAUCCUUAUAUUCCCAUUCUCCCAGCUCAACUACUGGAAGUUCUGAGUUCCCCAACACCUUUCAUUAUUGGAGUACAUUCUGUCUUUAAAACUGAUAUCCAUGAACUUUUAGAUGUAAUCAUAGCGGAUUUGGAUGGUGGCACUAUCAAAAUUCCUGAAUGUAUUCAUCUCUCUUCCCUCCCAGAGCCACUUCUACAUCAGACUCAAGCAGCUCUUUCAUUGAUUUUACACCCAGAUUUGGAAGUAGCAGAUCAUGCUUUUCCUCCUCCACGAACAGCUUUAUCUCACUCAAAAAUGCUGGAUAAAGAAGUACGAGCAGUUUUCCUUAGACUAUUUGCACAACUUUUCCAAGGAUAUAGAUCAUGCCUACAACUUAUAAGAAUUCAUGCGGAGCCUGUAAUACAUUUUCACAAAACAGCUUUCUUGGGGCAGCGUGGUUUGGUUGAGAAUGAUUUCCUCACUAAAGUACUUAAUGGAAUGGCAUUUGCAGGUUUUGUUUCAGAAAGAGGCCCACCCUUUAGAUCCUGUGAUCUCUUUGAUGAGUUGGUAGCUUUUGAAGUAGAGAGAAUUAAACUAGAAGAAAAUAACCCAUUGAAGAUUAUAAAGCAUGUCAGAGAACUUGCUGAGCAACUGUUCAAAAAUGAGAAUCCAAAUCCUCAUAUGGCAUUUCAGAAAGUUCCACGCCCAACAGAAGGAUCUCAUUUGCGAGUUCAUAUUCUUCCUUUCCCCAAAAUUAAUGAAGCUCGGGUUCAGGAAUUAAUACAGGAAAAUCUUGCUAAGAACCAGAAUGCACCUCCUGCUACACGAAUGGAGAAGAAAUGUGUUGUGCCAGCAGGUCCACCUGUUGUUUCAAUAAUGGAUAAGGUGACAACAGUUUUCAACAGUGCACAGAGACUGGAAGUUGUUAGAAACUGUAUCUCAUUCAUAUUUGAAAAUAAAACUUUGGAGACUGAGAAGACCCUUCCUGCUGCGCUGAGAGCCCUUAAAGGAAAAGCAGCAAGACAGUGUCUCACUGAUGAACUGGGCUUGCAUGUACAGCAAAACCGGGCAAUAUUGGACCAUCAACAGUUUGACUAUAUAAUAAGGAUGAUGAAUUGUACUUUACAGGAUUGUUCAAGUUUAGAAGAAUAUAACAUUGCAGCAGCAUUACUCCCUUUGACCAGUGCUUUCUAUAGGAAACUAGCCCCUGGAGUCAGCCAGUUUGCCUACACCUGUGUGCAGGACCACCCCAUUUGGACAAAUCAGCAGUUUUGGGAGACAACUUUUUAUAAUGCAGUGCAAGAACAAGUUCGCUCCCUGUAUCUCUCAGCAAAGGAAGACAAUCAUGCUUUAUAUCUGAAGCAAAAGGAUAAGCUUCCUGAUGACCAAUAUCAGGAGAAGACCGCAAUGGACCUAGCAGCCGAGCAGCUACGCCUUUGGCCAACUCUGAGCAAAUCAACUCAGCAGGAGCUAGUGCAACAUGAGGAGAGCACUGUCUUUAGUCAGGCCAUUCACUUUGCAAACCUCAUGGUCAACUUGUUAGUUCCACUGGACACAAGUAAAAACAAGCUCCUGCGAGCAUCAGCGCCUGGCGACUGGGAGAGUGGGAGCAACAGUAUUGUCACAAACAGUAUUGCAGGAAGUGUAGCUGAGAGCUAUGAUACAGAGAGCGGGUUUGAAGAUUCAGAGAACAAUGAUAUUGCCAACUCUGUUGUACGGUUCAUUACUCGAUUUAUUGACAAGGUUUGUACAGAAAGUGGAGUUACUCAGGAUCACAUCAAGAGCCUUCAUUGCAUGAUACCAGGAAUUGUAGCUAUGCAUAUUGAGACCCUAGAAGCAGUGCAUCGGGAAAGUAGAAGACUUCCACCUAUACAGAAGCCCAAGAUUCUUAGACCUGCUCUACUGCCAGGAGAAGAAAUUGUUUGUGAAGGUCUUAGAGUUCUGCUGGAUCCUGAUGGCAGAGAAGAAGCUACUGGAGGUCUUCUUGGAGGCCCUCAGCUCCUGCCAGCAGAAGGAGCCUUGUUCCUCACCACAUACAGAAUUCUCUUCAGAGGGACGCCCCAUGACCAGCUAGUUGGUGAACAAACAGUUGUACGGAGCUUUCCCAUUGCCUCUAUCACUAAGGAGAAGAAGAUAACAAUGCAGAACCAGCUACAGCAGAACAUGCAAGAAGGACUACAGAUUACAUCAGCAUCUUUUCAGUUGAUUAAAGUAGCAUUUGAUGAAGAAGUCAGUCCGGAAGUAGUAGAGAUCUUUAAGAAACAACUAAUGAAGUUCCGUUAUCCUCAGUCCAUCUUUAGCACCUUUGCUUUCGCUGCUGGACAAACUACCCCACAAAUAAUUUUACCCAAACAGAAGGAAAAGAACACUUCCUUUCGCACUUUCUCAAAAACAAUUGUGAAAGGUGCCAAAAGGGCAGGGAAAAUGACAAUUGGGCGGCAGUAUUUAUUGAAGAGGAGGACAGGAACAAUUGUAGAAGAGAGAGUAAAUCGUCCUGGAUGGAAUGAAGAAGAUGAUGUAUCUGUUUCAGAUGAUAGUGAACUCCCGACAAGUACCUUGAAGGCUUCGGAGAAGUCUACAAUGGAACAGUUGGUGGAAAAAGCUUGUUUCAGAGACUAUCAGCGUUUAGGUUUGGGAACCAUAAGUGGCAGCUCCUCCCGAUCAAAACCGGAGUAUUUCCGAAUCACUGCCUCCAACAGGAUGUAUUCACUGUGCCGGAGCUAUCCUGGCCUUUUAGUUGUACCUCAAGCUGUACAGGACAGUAGUUUACCAAGAGUAGCCCGCUGCUAUCGACACAAUCGCCUGCCUGUUGUAUGUUGGAAGAACUCAAGAAGUGGUACUCUGCUCCUCCGAUCUGGAGGAUUCCAUGGGAAGGGAGUUGUUGGUCUUUUCAAAUCUCAGAACUCCCCUCAGGCUGCUCCUACCUCCUCUUUAGAAUCUUCCAGUAGCAUAGAACAAGAAAAGUACUUGCAAGCCUUACUGAAUGCAGUUUCUGUCCAUCAGAAACUCAGAGGCAACAACACCCUUACUGUCAGGCCAGCACUUGCCUUGUCUCCAGGGACUGAAAGGAGGACUUCAAGAAUGUCCACUGUGCUUAAGCAGGUAGUGCCAGGACAUUUGGAUGUAAACCCAUCCAAUAGCUUUUCUCGAGGAGGUGUAUGGGCAAGUCUUCGCUCCAGCACUCGUUUGAUCAGCUCUCCAACAUCCUUCAUUGAUGUUGGGGCCCGGCUGGCAGGCAAGGAUCAUUCAGCCUCCUUCAGUAACAGCACCUACCUACAAAACCAGCUAUUGAAACGCCAAGCAGCCCUUUAUAUAUUUGGUGAAAAGUCACAACUAAGGAGCUUCAAGGUAGAAUUUGCUUUAAAUUGUGAGUUUGUUCCUGUUGAAUUUCAUGAAAUCCGACAAGUGAAAGCCAGUUUUAAAAAGCUAAUGAGAGCUUGUAUCCCAAGCACCAUUCCUACUGACUCAGAAGUAACCUUCCUGAAGGCUCUGGGUGACUCUGAGUGGUUCCCUCAGCUUCACAGAAUAAUGCAGCUGGCUGUGGUAGUAUCAGAAGUACUCGAGAAUGGUUCCUCAGUUUUGGUCUGUUUGGAAGAAGGCUGGGACAUCACUGCCCAAGUGACAUCCCUUGUGCAGUUACUCAGUGAUCCCUUUUAUAGGACACUUGAAGGCUUUCGGAUGCUGGUUGAAAAAGAGUGGCUCUCUUUUGGUCAUAAAUUCAGUCAGCGGAGCAGCUUGACCCCCAGCAGUCAGGGUAGUGGUUUUGCUCCAGUCUUUUUACAAUUCUUAGACUGUGUACAUCAGGUUCACAACCAGUAUCCAGCUGAGUUUGAAUUCAAUCUCUAUUACUUAAAGUUCUUGGCCUUCCACUAUGUAUCUAAUCGUUUUAAGACAUUUCUCCUGGAUUCUGACUAUGAAAGAUUAGAGCAUGGAACUUUAUUUGAUGAUAAAGGAGACAAGCAUGCCAAGAAAGGAAUUUGUAUUUGGGAGUGUAUUGAUAGAAUGCACAAGAAGAGUCCCAUUUUUUUUAACUAUUUAUAUUCACCAGUGGAAAUAGAGGCCCUGAAGCCCAAUGUAAACAUCUCCAGCCUCAAGAAGUGGGACUACUACACAGAGGAGACCCUGUCCACAGGGCCUUCAUAUGAUUGGAUGAUGCUGACUCCCAAGCACUUCCCCUCUGAAGAGUCUGAUCUGGCUGGAGGAGCGGGGCCCCAGAGCCAAAGGAGAACAGUGUGGCCGUGCUAUGAUAAUGUCAGCAUCAUUCAGCCCGAUGCUCUCACCAGACUUUUUAGUGAAAUUGAAAAAUUGGAGCAUAAAUUGAACCAAACCCCUGAGAAAUGGCAGCAGCUGUGGGAAAAAGUAACCAUGGACCUUAAAGAAGAUGCAAGAAUAGACCGGCCCCAAAGAUACCCAUCAGGGUCCCCAGGAAUUGUGUCUACGAACCUACCUUCCUAUCAGAAGAGGCCUGUGUUGCACCUCCCGGACAGUAGCAUGGGCGAAGAGCAUAAUGCCAGCAUCUCCCCAUCCAAUGGGGUGGAGCGAAGGGCAGCUACCCUCUACAGCCAGUACACCUCCAAGAACGAUGAGAACAGGUCCUUUGAGGGAACACUUUACAAAAGAGGGGCUUUGUUGAAAGGUUGGAAACCACGUUGGUUCGUUUUGGAUGUAACAAAACAUCAGCUGCGAUACUAUGACUCAGGUGAAGACACGAGUUGUAAAGGCCACAUUGACCUGGCAGAAGUAGAAAUGGUCAUCCCUGCUGGCCCCAGCAUGGGAGCCCCAAAGCACACGAGUGACAAGGCCUUCUUUGAUCUCAAGACCAGCAAGCGCGUGUAUAAUUUCUGUGCCCAGGAUGGACAGAGUGCCCAGCAAUGGAUGGACAGGAUCCAGAGCUGUAUCUCUGAUGCCUGAUACCUUGGUCAACCCAAGAAAAAGGAGGAGAGGAGGUCCUGCUGCCAGAUAGAAAAAAGGCAUGAAUCCUUGAAGAGCAGGCAGCGAGUCAUCCCAGGGCAUGGCCUUCUCUUGCCUGGUCUUACCCAGGCCCUCCUUACAGCAGUUACUACGUCCACUUCACCUGAAUGGGUGUGUCACACAGCCUGGUCAAGAGCACCAGGCCCUUCCUAUGUCUUGCACUGAAUUGUUCUAACAGGGUCUUAGUGGUUAGGGAUCAGAAGAAUUCUCCUGAACCUGCUCUCAUCCAUCCUCUAGGCAAAAUGGCCAUGACCUACUUGAGUCCUUUAUGAAGGUCCUUUUUGUUCUCCAAGGUCAUAAUUUCCUUGGAGAACUCUUUAAUAAGCAAAAAUCAAAACCCUCCAAAGAUCAUCUUACAUUCUACAUAGAGUAGGUUUCCCAUCAAGACACCUACUCUUAUGCCUGACCUUUGAGAUGCUCAGUUCUCUGGUGCUACCAAAAGGUGCUUCCUUGGUCCUUGCUCUGCCAUUGAGGUUCCCAGUGAGAGACAUUAUUGAUCAUUAACAGGCAAAGAGGGAGCUCACAGGAUUAUCCUGAUAGAAAAAGCCUGCCCGGGGAAUGAUGCAGCGAUGACCAGGCCAAUGCAGGAAAUGCUGCUUCCAAAACAUGGAAUCCUCUAGACUAGAGGUGGUCCAAGGAUGCAGGGCCUGUGUUCCUGUGUGUUCUUCUGCUCCCUGACAGCUUCUUACACAAAAUAACAUGCAGAAAGCUGCAUGCACUAACCCACAAACCCUUGCACUGAGCUCCUAAUCAAGUGAAGAUGUUGGAAAGAUGGCAGCCAGCUACUUAGAGCCACACACCCCUGACAAGCACAUGCUGCGGCAGGGCUGACACCCACACAGCACUUCUGCACAUGAAAAUAAGAACUGCCCUUAGAUUCUCUUUAUUUUGACAACCUUGUGUUUGUUCAUCCUGAGGCCCAAGGAUCCUGUUUGCUCUCCGUGAGCAGGAACAGCCUCUGCUGCCUCAGCUGCUCUGCCCUAGGUAGCUCCAUCACUGCGUUUGUUUUGAAAUGUUAAUAUGUUAAAUACCAAACUAAUAUUUCAAAAAUAUGUAUAUAUGAUUUCUAUAUCUUUGUUUUUCAGAUAGCCUGCUUAUAAUUUAAUGUAAAAUUAACUUUACUGAUUCAUUCAUAAGAUUUUAGUAAUGAAAGGUUCCCUUUCUAAGAAAAAGCUACUUUGUAGGUUAAAAUAAGUCAGAUUUUCAAGUUUAAAAUUGCCUAUACAGUAGGACAUAGAAAUGUGUUAAUAUAUAAGAAAUUGGGAAAUAAUAAGAAGGAAGGACUUUUCUAUCAUACUCAUUUUAUAAAUUUGCCACCUGUGAAAAUGGUUUUGCACAUUAUUUGUACUUUUCUUUGUAUAUGAAAUAAUUUUUUGUACUUUGUAAAAUAUGGAGCCCAUUGUACUUUCAGCAAUUUGAGACUGUACACAGUGCUUCUUUUGUAACUGGAUUAUUUUAACUUUCAUGAAGGCAUUACAUGCCUUACGUUCACUAACCACCUUGAAUUAAAUUUAUUUCUUAAGAAAUAGCA